GAGUCUGGACAAUGCACAGGGGUGUGUUUGGAUGGAGACCUGUUUAUGCUUUUAUAUCAUCCCUGGUCGGUCCCUACAGUGAUACGUACUGCAGAAGUAUGGCACACUGCAGUGUAACGGCACACUACUCCACCGGUAUUCCACUGGAAUAUAUGCUUGCCAGCGCCACGACCAACCCAUAUCCCUGUCUCUCUGCUGACUAUUUUACAUCUGUAGAAACUUCUACAUAUCGAGAGUUGUGCAGUUCUGCGUCGGAGAGACGUCAAGAGAGCACCAAGGCCAGGUUUUAUAUGCUUUGGAAGUGAAUCUUAUUUGCGAAUGAUUUCCUCCUUGGUUUCGUAUUACAGAGGGAGUGAGUGGAGCAGCGCGAGUAUCGCUAUGUAAACCAACUGCAUCAUGACAUGUUUUACCGAUGUUUCGCAAAGAAAUAUAAAGGAAAAACGCGAGCUAAUAGCCUUCAGCUGACAUUUGUUAGUAUGUGGAAUCAUUUGUAACUAACUGAAUCGUCCGAAAACAAAGCCGAGAUAGCGGAAAGGAUACGGUAUCUGUCGUUAGUUUACGCGGAGGGAACUGACAGGGAGAGUAGGCUAUUGCAUUAGUAUCACCACAGCUGCUGAACAGAGGAGCAUAAAGUGAACGAAUACUACGGCUGCCAGAGGCUGUUCCCACACUGUCUAUCUCCACUGUCACUCAACAUCAACCAGCGAAUCAACGGCCUCGCUGAGACUCUAUCGGAGCCAUGGGUGAGGCUAAGGUCCUGAUGUUGCUUCUUCUGAUUGGUUGGGAGAAGUCGUUGAGUCUCAACUGGAACCCAAUACCACGCAAGACCGUCAGAUAUCAUGAGGUACUGGACAGCAUGGCCAGGUUCCGGGCUCUAGGUGUGUGGAACUACACCAUGGUGACUCUAGCAGAACACGAGAGGGUUCUGUAUGUAGGAGCUAGAGAGGCCCUGUUCGCCCUGGACCCUAACGACAUCAGCAGACAGCUACGACCUCUGAUAGAGUGGCCAGCACCACAGGAGAAGAAGAGAGAGUGUUCUGCCAAGGGCAAGAACAACCAGACAGAGUGCUUCAACUUCAUCCGCUUCCUGCAGAGCUACAACCACACCCACCUCUACACCUGUGGAACCUUCGCCUUCCAGCCCAAGUGCACCUACAUCAAUGCUGACUACUUCAGUCUCAACCCUGGCUCCCUGGAGGAUGGGAAGGGCAAGUGUCCCUACGACCCUGCCAAAGGCCACACAGGCCUCAUAGUGGACAAGGAGCUGUACUCUGCCACACUGAAUAACUUCCUGGGUACUGAGCCUGUGAUCCUGAGGAACCUGGGACAGCAACACUACAGCAUGAAGAGUGAAUACCUGCCGGCCUGGCUCAACGAGCCUGACUUUGUGGGCUCAGCCCUGGUGAGGGAGAGCAGUGGCAGUAAGGAAGGUGACGAUGACAAGAUCUACUUCUUCUUCAGUGAGAGAGCUGUAGAGCUGGACUGUGACACAGAGCUCACUGUGGCCAGGGUGGCCCGUGUCUGCAAGGGUGAUCUGGGGGGCACCAGGACCCUGCAGAAGAAGUGGACCACCUUCCAGAAGGCCAGGCUGGUGUGUUCUCUCCCUGAACGCCACGUCACCUUCAACAACCUGCGGGAGGUCUUCACCCUGCCAGGCAUCGACUGGCGCACCACCACCUUCUAUGGCAUCUUCCACGCCCAGUGGGGUGAUGUGGAUGUGUCAGCGGUGUGUCAGUACCAGAUAGGGGAGGUGAAGAAGGUGUUUGACGGCCCCUAUAAGGAGUACAGAGAGGGCUCCCAGAGAUGGGGACGAUACACUGGCACUGUCCCCAGCCCACGGCCCGGAGCGUGCAUUACAAGCUGGCAUAGGGAGAACGGCUACAACAGCUCUCUUCAGUUGCCAGACGCCACUCUCAACUUUGCCAAGAAGCACCCUCUGAUGGAGGAGAAGGCUCAGGCUCGCCCCCUACUGCUCACCAAGGGCAUCAACUUCACCCGCUUGGCAGUGGACCGGGUCAGCUCCCUGGACCAGCGUGCAUACAACAUGCUGUUCAUUGGCACAGCAGACGGCUGGUUACAGAGGGUAGUGAUCUUUGGCUCGGAGGCCCAUGUGAUUGAAGAGAUACAGCUGUUUGAUUCUCCCCAGCCAGUGGACAGCCUAACCAUCUCUCACACCAAGAAGUACUUGUACAUUGGCUCACGUUCAGAAGUGCUCCAGCUGCCCUUGGCUAACUGCAGCCGUUAUCAGUCGCAGCCAGACUGCCUUCUGUCCCGGGACCCCUACUGCGCCUGGGACAGCGAGGGCCGCGCCUGUGUCCGCAUCGACCUCCACCGCGGGUCUACCUCCUCCCUAUCCCAAGAUCUGAUGCUGGAGAGAUUCAGUAGGGGCAAAGCCAAAUUUGACAAGCCUGUGGCCAUCCCCAGCCCUGACAACUCUCGGCUGAGGAAUGUGACAGUAGUAGUAGAAUCAGACAUGGUUUUGCCCUGCCAGCUGGUGUCCAACCUGGCCCAGCCCUCCUGGGUCCUCAACGACCGCGAGCUGCAGCUAGGAGACGAGGAGGCCGGAGGGCCACGCUUUGACCAGGCCCUGAAGGCUCUGGUGGUCCCCAACGCCAUGCCAGUGCACGCGGGACGCUACGUGUGCUACUCCGAGGAGCAGGGGGUCAAGUUUCAGAUGGAGCGUUACCAGGUGUCGGUGGUGGCCAGCUCCCCUGUGGUCAUGGCGGCCCGGGCCCCUGACGGCAGCAUGGGUCUGUUCUGGGUGUUGGUGAUCACCCUGGGGGCCGCCUGUUUAUUACUAUUUGUGGCAGCUCUGUAUCUGAGGAGACGUCUGAAGCUGGCCCUAGGUAAAGGGGCGGACAUGAAGCCUCUGGAGAGCACCCUGGUCUACCCCAUCACCUUGCCCAAGGAGCCACCCACCUUCGUGCCCAGCAAAAUGCCCAGCGACGAGGACCGCUUCUGGGAGACGGGCGCCAACUACUACUACUCAGACGGCUCGCUGAAGAUCGUUCCGGGCCACGCCCUGUGCCCCAGCAGCCAGUCUCACCACCACGCUCCAACAGCGUCUCCCAGCACCAUCCCCGGCCAGCCCAUCCAUUCCCCCAGCCGGCUCAGCCUUACCAACAUCAGGGGCUCCGGCAGCAACGGCUACAUCCGCCUCAACCUGAGCUCGGCCGGGGAGGAGAGGGUUAGCGGGGGUGGUUCUGGUGGAGGAGGGCUGGGCGGGGGCGGGAGCGACUACUCCAGCCCCUUCAAGGAGGAGCUGCGUCGGACCCUGCAGCAGAGGAGCGUGCUGCCUGACGCCAACCCUGAAGAGUCGUCUGUGUAGUCUUUCUCCACGCCUGCCGUAAUGAAAAAACAAAACAAGAGACAACGAACGGCAACUAACCUACCUCCCUCCUCUCUCUCUCUUUCUCGGCUCCACUGUCACCAUGCUCUUUCUCUCUCUCUCUUUCUGCCAAUGCUCGUUUGGCUGACUCUGUGACUGGCAGAAGACGCUUUUAGCACAGAGCAUGUGAUGUGACACACACGCCGAAUAUUAAUCAGCAUCCGCUCCUGUUAUUAUUGUGUUCCAUCCACUCCUGUUAUUAUUGUGUUCCAUCCGCUCCUGUUAUUAUUGUGUUCCAUCCGCUCCUGUUAUUAUUGUGUUUCAUCCGCUCCUGUUAUCAUUGUGUUCCAUCCGCUCCUGUUAUUAUUGUGUUCCAUCCACUCCUGUUAUUGUGUUCCAUCCGCUCCUGUUAUUAUUGUGUUUCAUCGGCUCCUGUAAUCAUUGUGUUCCAUCCGCUCCUGUUAUUAUUGUGUUCCAUCCGGUCCUGUUAUUAUUGUGUUUCAUCCGCUCCUGUUAUUAUUGUGUUCCAUCCGCUCCUGUUAUUAUUGUGUUCCAUCCGCUCCUGUUAUUAUUGUGUUUCAUCCGCUCCUGUUAUCAUUGUGUUCCAUCCGCUCCUGUUAUUAUUGUGUUCCAUCCACUCCUGUUAUUGUGUUCCAUCCGCUCCUGUUAUUAUUGUGUUCCAUCUACUCCUGUUAUUAUUGUGUUUCAUCGGCUCCUGUAAUCAUUGUGUUCCAUCCGCUCCUGUUAUUAUUGUGUUCCAUCCGGUCCUGUUAUUAUUGUGUUUCAUCCGCUCCUGUUAUUAUUGUGUUCCAUCCGCUCCUGUUAUUAUUGUGUUCCAUCCGCUCCUGUUAUUAUUGUGUUCCAUCCACUCCUGUUAUUAUUGUGUUCCAUCCAUUCCUGUUAUUAUUGUGUUCCAUCCGCUCCUGUUAUUAUUGUGUUCCAUCCAUUCCUGUUAUUAUUGUGUUCCAUCCGCUCCUGUUAUUAUUGUGUUCCAUCCGCUCCUGUUAUUAUUGUGUUCCAUCCACUCCUGUUAUUAUUGUGUUCCACCCGUUCCUGUUAUUAUUGUGUUCCAUCCGCUCCUGUUAUUAUUGUGUUCCAUCCGUUCCUGUUAUUAUUGUGUUUCAUCUGCUCCUGUUAUUAUUGUGUUCCAUCCGCUCCUGUUAUUAUUGUGUUCCAUCCGUUCCUGUUAUUAUUGUGUUCCAUCCGCUCCUGUUAUUAUUGCGUUCCAUCCGUUCCUGUUAUUAUUGUGUUCCAUCCGUUCCUGUUAUUAUUGUGUUCCAUCCGUUCCUGUUAUUAUUGUGUUCCAUCAGUUCCUGUUAUUAUUGUGUUCCAUCCGCUCCUGUUAUUAUUGUGUUCCAUCCGUUCCUGUUAUUAUUGUGUUCCAUCCGCUCCUGUUAUUAUUGUGUUCCAUCCGUUCCUGUUAUUAUUGUGUUCCAUCCGUUCCUGUUAUUAUUGUGUUCCAUCCGCCAAACUGGCUGUCACAUUUUAACUUCUUCAGCAGUUUAACUUGCUUUCGCUGUGCAAAUCUCAAGCUGUGUAAAUUCUGUAUUUAAAGACAAUUGAACGCAGAGGGCCUACACCUCAAGCAUGGCAGUCAAACAAAUGGAAAGGUUUCCUGAGAGCACUGCUUCAUGAUAAGAGAGGACCAAGAACUCAUGACAAGAUUGUAGCUUCAGCGCUAUACCAAUCAUCCAAUAAUCAAGCAGUACGAGUCGACUGACUGAAAGAUGGAGGAGCUGGCUUGCCUUUUUUCUGUUCUGUUGGAGAAUUUUUCGCUUUCUACACUUAACAUGGGAGUAUGGGAGUCGAUUUUGUAUUUGUGAGCAAAGAGAGUGAGAGAGUCACAUAACAGACAAAUUAAUCUCAAAAGCAAGAUGACAAUCACGUUCCUCUCUCCGGGGGUAAAACCUGGGAAGGAAAGGGAGGGAUGAAGGGAGAGAAAAUGAAGGGAGCUUUGUGUGAAAGACAGAGGGUUUACAUGAAGGACAAACUCUCAAUUAGACUUUCUCGGCUCGAUUUGUACUUUUUUUUUACAUUGUCAGUCUUUCCUCUGAGAAAGUCUUCAAUCCAUGCCACAUUGAUAUAUUGUGACAAUUUAAAUUAAGACAUUUUUAUGUGUUGUUUUUCUAUGUCUUACGGACUACAGAAGCAACAAAUGGAGACCAAUGGCUUUAAAGCACCCCUCUGUGAAUGAGAAUGUGACAGAAGCAUGUACAAACCUCUCCUAUACCUGCUCAAGGUAGAUAUCUCCCCAAAUAACCUCCACACUCGUAAAUAGAUUUUAGUACUACUUUUACAAUAACUGCACUACACAUUUACACAAGUGGUUCAUGGGAAUUUCAGUUAAACCCAUUCAGAUACACUUCCUUGUGAUGUGAUUAUGGACAUUUUUGUUUGACAUAAUCCCACAACAGCACAUUGACUUAUUAUUCUGAAUUUGAGAUGAGACGAAGGCAUUGCUUUCAGUCAUGUAGUGGGGAUGGCACGGGGGAAUGUAGGUCAACUCUCACUAAACUGUUGCGACUGCAGUGGAUGUCUCAACAAGUGCUUUAUAAUAUGUAUGUGUAAGGGCUGGGGUGGUGGAUGGGUUGAACUGCCAAAAGAAGCCCUCCCUCCCCUGCACUGCCCUGAAUGCCUAACCUGGUGGAUGUAGUAGUGUGUCCUGGAGGGGACGGGCCACAGCACUGUACCUGUCCUAGACACACCCUUUAAUAACCCCUUAUUUCCCUAAACCCCACCCACCUACCUACCUACCGAUGUCCAGAGAAUGACCUGGCGCUACUGUGGAAAGCCUGAAUUCAGAGAGAAGGAUGGACACUGAACUGUAAACCCACACUGCCUGUGCUGUUAGAGGGACAAGCAGACAACAGAUGGAAGAUAGAUGAAUGGCCUGUGACAAACCAACGGCUCCAGAGAGCGAUCAGAGGCUCAUCAAUCAGAGGGGUGGCUUUGUGACACAUCUGCAGGGACCAGAGAACAACACAAAGGAGGAACAAGAGGAGUACAAUGUUUCUUUCUUUCUCACCAAAAUGUAUACUAGAGACAGCUGAAGGGGAUGUAGAAUAUUGUAAUGAUCCCUGGGUUGAAGAGGUACUUACUUGGCCAUCAGUGGUUAGUUCAUCCUAGUGUUGCAUGAUCCUCUCUGCAAAUGUACUGUACACAUCUCUGAUGACAUGAUCAUAAUUGUAAAAAAAGUGUAUCAUGUUUCAAACUUUUGCAGACACUGUUUUCUACUAAAAAAAGUGUAAUUUAUGAUGAAGACUUGUUCAUGAAUUUGUCCAUCUUCUUAACAUGUUUACUUUCGCUGUGCCUCUUCACCUUCGGAUAAGCCAAAGUAGACUGCAGUUGUUUUUUUGAAAAGGUGUAUUAUUAGAUAUUAUUUUAUUAUUCCACUUCGAUAUUUAAGUUUCAACAGUCUGUCCAACUUCAGUUCAUAGAACUCUCAUGCCUGGAACUUUCCUGCAUAUUUUAUUUAGAGAUUAAUUUUCUUUAGAAGGCAACAAGCUUGUGGAUGGUAAACAUCCUGUUUAGAUGUCAGUAGUAAUCUACUGAAGCCGAUCCCUGACUUCCUAGCACAUGAGAAAGUAAACAAAUCAUCAGAGCGUCAUAGGACCAACCAAGCAAAGCAACUUCCUUUUAACCAAAUGAUAACUCGUGAUUUCAUGAUCUGAGGUUUGAUAUAAAAUCUUAAAUAUUUAUACAUCCAUUUAAUAUCUGUAGAUUGAAUAUGUUACCAAGCACUGGUUCAGACACUUUACAAUCUAUUAACAUUGCUGUGAAUUCAAGCUAAAGGAGCUAUUAAGAUUGGAUUAGAUAUUUAACUGAUUUGUCUUAUAAUUAUGUAUUUUUAAAAAUCCUUGGACAUUAUGUCUGAUAUGUCAUAAAACUCUUAGAAGAAAAUGAUCCAUCAAACUCACAAAAGUGAUGUAAGGCACAAUCUGGAUCUAUAUAGCAAAAAGGCAGUAACUGCUCAUAGCGUGGAUCUGAGAAAAAAGGCUUUUAUUUACCUUGGUUUAUCAGUAACUUUAUGCAGUUACUACUAACAUGACCCCUAUGUUCUCCAAAACACAAUACAAUAGAGGCAGGAUACUUGUCCACAUGAUUAAGCAUGUAUUUAAUGUAGCAGAAAUGACAUGAACUCAUUUUGGACCAAAUGAGCAGUUACUGCCUUUUUGGAGAUUACACUCUGCCGGUCAUAAACAACGCUUUCCACAAUCUUCUCAUCUAAGCCUUUUUAUUCUGUUGUUUUUCAUUAAUAUUCUUAUAUUACCAUUAUUAUUAUUAUUAAUUUCCUUUUUGGCUUUAAGUUGCAAAAGUUCCUCUGGCUGUUUGUUCUCAAUCUUUUAAUGUUUAUGAAAGGAUGUUAAGUAAAUUAUUUUGCUUGUAAAAACAUGUCGAUAUUUAUUAUCAUUGUACAUAUGUCCUUAUUUUUUUAUAUGUGUAUAUAUACAUGAAUAAAAGUAGAAAUCUA